CUGGGAAACUGCAAAUUGGACGUUGAACUUUUCCCUCCCUCAUUACGUCCAUUCUUACGUCCUAUACAACCGAUGGGGUAAGUCUGACAUUCUAAUUGAGAGAUUUUUUAACAUAAUUUCACCCAAAUCUGCUGCUAAUUCUGGAUAACAAUAAAAUAUUCAUAAAUUAUUUUUGUGAAAUGUGUAUUAAUGAAACUAAUGUGCAAACAUGCCAUCCUGUAAGGAUUACCAGCACUUAAACGUUUUUUUUUUUGUUUCUAGUGGCCGUACAGCAUUCUGUACCAUUUUCAAACGGGAUUCAGAAAAGAAAUAUUUUUUCACAAAAGGCAGAGAAAACACGCGUUUGAAAAUCCUAACUUGCAGAGGGAUAAAUUCAACGCUGGUCAACAGCAUAAUGAAAUUUUAUUGGUCCGUUCAAAAUAACGCUUGGCCCAAAGUCUGGGACUGGCAGACAAUCUACAUUUUUGAAACUGACUAUGGUUUCUUUGAGACCAUACGUCGAUGUUACAGAGUUGCUUGGUAGUAGCUGCAAUGAGUAGAAAACCAGAAUUACACAUGCGUUUGUGUAGUUCUGAUUAUAACUUACCAUUAGCACUGUAUAUCCACAUAACAUUAAAGGUUAAAGUAAUAUAUCCACAUACUUGUGUCCCUCUGGAUGGUGAAAUGUAAGAUUAUAAUGUAUAUCCAAACAUUUCUGUCUCUCUGGAUGGUGAAAUGUAAGAUUAUAAUGUAUAUCCACAUACUUGUGUCCCUCUGGAUGGUGAAAUGUAAGAUUAUAAUGUAUAUCCACAUACUUUGGUCCCUCUGGAUGGUGAAAUGUAAGAUUAUAAUGUAUAUCCACAUACUUGUGUCCCUCUGGAUGGUGAAAUGUAAGAUUAUAAUGCAUAUCCACAUACUUGUGUCCCUCUGGAUGGUGAAAUGCAAGAUUAUAAUGCAUAUCCACAUACUUUGGUCCCUCUGGAUGGUGAAAUGUAAGAUUAUAAUGUAUAUCCACAUACUUGUGUCCCUCUGGGUGGUGAAAUGUAAGAUUAUAAUGUAUAUCCACAUACUUGUGUCACUCUGGAUGGUGAAAUGUAAGAUUAUAAUGUAUAUCCACAUACUUGUGUCCUUCUGGAUGGUGAAAUGUAAGAUUAUAAUGGAUAUCCACAUUUUUGUGUCCCUCUGGAUGGUGAAAUGCAAGAUUAUAAUGCAUAUCCCCAUACUUUGGUCCCUCUGGAUAGUGAAAUGUAAGAUUAUAAUGUAUAUCCACAUACUUGUGUCCCUCUGGAUGGUGAAAUGUAAGAUUAUAAUGGAUAUCCACAUUUUUGUGUCCCUCUGGAUGGUGAAAUGUAAGAUUAUAAUGCAUAUCCACAUACUUUGGUCCCUCUGGAUGGUGAAAUGUAAGAUUAUAAUGUAUAUCCACAUACUUGUGUCCCUCUGGAUGGUGAAAUGUAAGAUUAUAAUGUAUAUCCACAUACUUGUGUCCCUCUGGAUGGUGAAAUGUAAGAUUAUAAUGUAUAUCCACAUACUUGUGUCCCUCUGGAUGGUGAAAUGUAAGAUUAUAAUGUAUAUCCACAUACGUGUGUCCCUCUGGAUGGUGAAAUGUAAGAUUAGAAUGUAUAUCCACAUACGUGUGUCCCUCUGGAUGGUGAAAUGUAAGAUUAUAAUGGAUAUCCACAUACGUGUGUCCCUCUGGAUGGUGAAAUGUAAGAUUAUAAUGUAUAUCCACAUACUUGUGUCCAUCUGGAUGGUGAAAUGUAAGAUUAUAAUGUAUAUCCACAUACGUGUGUCCCUCUGGAUGGUGAAAUGUAAGAUUAUAAUGUAUAUCCACAUACGUGUGUCCCUCUGGAUGGUGAAAUGUAAGAUUAUAAUGUAUAUCCACAUACUUGUGUCCCUCAGUACAGACAUAAAAAACGUGUGAUAAAAAAGCAAGCAGGAUGUCGGGCAGGGGAGUUCACUAAUAAUUGUUGCGCACUGGACAUAUUUGUUGGAUCAUAAGCUUGUUGUGUUUUUGAGAGAUUAAUCGGUUAGUGAACGCUCUUCCCGCGCUUGACGUGGUGACGUAUUUUUAUGCUUAUUAUGACGUUAAGUCUAGUCUGUUGUGUGACGUUCGCUUUAGUCGUGUGGGGGUCUUGAAAGGAACUUUGUGGAAGGAAGUUGUGUUUUAUGUCUCUUUCUGAUGGCGAGCUGCGCUGUAGGCAUGUGUAUAUGGAAUUAACCGUCUGUGAAUUUACAUUAGAUAUUAAAGUGGCAUUUAUUAUGAAAAAAAGAGGACUUGAGCUCAUUCAGUGCUAGUGCGACGUAUGAACAAGGUCUAACAGAACUUUAUGAAUUAACCAAUCUACUAUAACACAUCAGUUGGACACAGGAUGACAAAGACAUAUUUUACUAAUAACUUGAGACCCAUUGAGUUGUUGAUUUUAUCACAUGGUCCACAUAAUUUUAACAUGUAGAUGUAAUUUGCUGUUUGAAUUGUUACAAGUUGUUUAAAUAGCAAAGCGUUGUCCCAUUUAAACAACGAGUUUUCACCCCCCCCCCUCCCACCGUUUCCUCCAUUGGGGGAACUUUGCCGCGGCACACAGACUUUAUUUGCGUAACAGAUUUUAAGAAUUUUUUUAAAAAUUGCCAUGCAUUUAAAUGUGUCUUUGACAGAAAGUGUUUUUUAAAAUUCUUUAUAAUAAGAUGUUUUCAGACGUUAAAUUUGUUUCUGGACAAAUAUUGCAAUUAUUCUUUUAGUUUUCGCUGACAUUGUUUAACAUAACAUUGACUUGUUUGACGUAACAAUGUAAUUAUAAGGUAGCUUAUAAUUUGACUCGAAAAAACCCCACCUAUAAUAUGACAUUUUUCAUUAAUCAUUUUGGACAACUGAAUAUACAAAAAGAAUGACUAGAUUCAGGGGACGAUUGUAGCAAUGAACGAAAUCUGCUCGGAUGAUUAUUUUAACCGGAAACCAGCCUUCUGUUACAGCCGUCUCUGAGCAGCCAUCGUCAUAUCUCGGGACCGGCUCAGGAAGAUAGGGCAGAGGAGAUGGAAGCUUUGUUCCUCUGUAUGAACUAAAUAUGGCUUAAUAUUUGUAUAUUUUGUGGUCUUUGUGAGUGAUAGGGGGUGAAAAUCAGGGACCACCCCAGGAGUCACUCCACCGUGUUUCUUAAUGAUACAGUUUGUCCGAUGGAGGCUCUUUAUUUAGUUAAGCCGGCAUUGAAAUGGCAUUAGCCGCAGUCCAAUCAGAAUAGAGUUGCAACAAUCAAAUCACAGAUAUACGGUCAUUCGUAUUCAGCAGCAUUUGGCCGAUCCAUCUGUUACGGUCCUGUUAUGUCUGAGUAAGUGGGUUGUCCAUCAUUAUGGCGUAAUCGGUGGGUGCAAUCACACAUCAGCGGGUCAUUUCUUUAAAUACUUCCACUCUUUGUGCGUUUAUUGCCCCUUGGACACAGAUCGCAUUAUAAACAGGGUUCAAGUCAUAUACAGGGGUCAAGUCAUAUGCAGGGGUCAAGUCAUAUGCGGACAAAAAAAAUUAAGAACGCAUCCAAGAUCGCCUUCCCCUCUUUCCCGAAAACUGAUAAGUAUUUAUUAGAUGGCAGCAAAAAGUACAUGGACUAUGUUCGCAUGUGUUCCUGCAGGACUCAACCCCUGUCCUUGACUACUGUAUUAAAAAAAUUAAGACAGCGUUUCACUUCUAUUUUGAUAGACCAGAAUCCAGAUCGACUGAAAAAGUUCCAACUUGUCAGCUAUGAUAGCAACUCAAGUCCAUUGUUUACUUAUCAUGACAACGAUACCGAACCGCAUGAGGUGUAUAGCGUGACAGACUAUGAGAUCAGUGACAACAUUUCAUCUGUCACAAUUACAUCAAAUAACAGUGAAAAGAUUCUCACUUUGUGUGAGGUUGAAAUUUAUGGAGGUGAGUUCAAGCCGAGCUGAGAGUAAAAAAAAGAAUUACUGUUACUACGCUUUCACUGUCAACUGUAAAGACACAUUUUGUCUAAAAGAGAUUCACAUUGCUAUUGUGAGUUAUUUUACAUAUUUUAUAGGUAAGUCUAUCAGUUAUUGUUUUGGCAAUUCUUUAAGAUCGAGUUUAAGCGGCAAUAAACAAGUGACCAAGAUCAUUAGAAUAUUAUUUCUAAAACAUCAUUAGUAAGAAAACUGUCAACCAUAUUAUAAAAUUCCUAGAAACAACUUUUGAAAUAACUCUGUCACGAACAGAUCAAGAAAUUUGAAAGAAGCACAGUUGUUAAAAUAAAAAGUAUAAUGCAGGAUACACAUUUCUGAUAGUAAAGAAAACAAACCAUUUUGUAACCCUUGCCGUAAAUCUUACACACGUAUUAAGUAUAACUAUUACCAAAGCUUAAAUUCUAUUGACACAAAUUGUUAGUAUCUAAUUAAUCUAUUUUAAAGCUUUAUCGCAGUCCAACACUUUUUAUAAACCUUGCGGCUAAAUAUUUGUAAGGGACAAUUUUUUUUCAUUUUCUUGAAAAAUUAGGCACACACUAAUUUCUAUAAACACCAAAAAGCAAAAUUAACUAUGAAUUUACGGACACAAUGUAAAGCUGUUGUAUCGAAAAAUCUUCAAAUAUUUUUCUAAACAACAUCUUAAUUACAAUGAGAUUUAGGUUUAUUUCUUUAAAACUAUUUGUUUCUUUUAGUUUUAUUGAUUUAUUGAACUACACAUUAAUUUAAACAAUGGAUUAAAAAAAAACCAAAAAAACAUGAAACCUUACUUCUAAAUAAGCAUUUUAACGGAUACAUCUGAUUUUUGGGGAAAGUAACAGUUUUAUUUGCAUAUUGAGCAACACAAUUGUCGUUUUAAAAAUUUUAAGUUAAACAAUAAAGUUAUCUGAGGUAAUUAAUUUUCGUUUUGAAUUUUAAAUCUCAAGUACUUCAGUGAAAUUAAAUUUUUUCUAAAUUAUAAAACAACAAUCAUUUUAAAAUCAGAAACAAACAAAAAAAAGCGAACCGAUUCAUCUUGCACAUGAUUAAUGAAUAAUUGCAUGAGAUGAUUCAGUUAGAGAUGAAUAUUGAUUUUGUUUGAAAUUUUCAUUAAUUUGUAGUAAAAGUUUUAUUUUAAAUGUAACAAAAUACAGCGUCUUUUGAACUGUAUGUAAUUAUAACAUGAAACUCCCAGAUGUUAUCUGCAGUCCUGGAUACUACGGACAAGAAUGUGAUCUGACC